UUUUAUAACUCGCACGGAUUUUUUUUUUUAUUAGUAUAAACUCAAAUAAAGUUGCAAAGAGGAAAAACACAGUUGCGGUUUUUAUUUUAACGGGCUUGCAUUAGUUUGAUAAGACACUAAUGAGGCAGGUGGAAUCAGUGGGCGGGGCAUCUCAUUCUCGAGAACACGUGAUUAAGCAGACAUUUGCAUACACCCCUGAGUGCAGGAUGAGUCAUCAGUAUUGUUUAAUUUCUUUCUGGAACAGAACGACUAUCUUUCUAUUAAAAGUUUAUUUGUGUUUGAAUCAGAUCCACACAUAUUCUGACACAUUCUAAUAUUUGAGAAAAUAAAAAUUAAAAGGUCAGGACCAAGAUUUUAAUAACCCAUACACUUUCUGUGUUGGGCGUACUUGUGACUUUUCCCCCUUGCAAUUUUGAGUUUAUAUCUCACUAUUAAAAAAAAAAACGUAGGUUAUAUAAAUUGCGAGUUUAUAUUCAGAUUUUCUUUCCUCAGAAUUGUGAGAUAUAAACUUGCAAUAAAAAAAGACAGAAUUGUGAGAUAUGAUUACAAUUACAACAACUUUCCAACGUUGUUUUAAGUUUAACUGCCCAAAGUAAAAGUAACUUCCCAGAAAACCUCACACGAGCCUCUGAAGUGUUUUACUGCCGCUAAUAAAGAAGCUGAUGUGUUUGAUUCACAGGAUGUGGAGACGCCACACACACACACACACACACACACACACACACACACACACACACGAGUUUGGACGCGCGUCUCCACGAUGUUAAAUGUUCAUUGUCUGUUCAUGAUCGUGCUGCUGGUUUCCAGUCCGUCCACAGCUGAUGAAGAUGAUGAUGAUGAAGGUCUGACAGUGAAUCCGGUGUCUGACUCCGGCGCAGUGCGCUCGGUGUGUAAACCGGUUCCGAACACGAUGAGCUUGUGUUCCGGGAUCGGCUACGAAGAGAUGCGGCUCCCGAACCUGCUGGGCCACGACACCGCGAGGGAAGCUCAGCAACAGUCCGCCUCCUGGCUGCCUCUGCUCGGCAAACGCUGUCACCGGGACUCGCGACGCUUCCUCUGCUCGCUCUUCGCGCCCGUGUGUUUGCCGGAGGUCCCGGUCCCGGUGCGCCCGUGCCGGAGUCUCUGCGAGGCGGUGCGGGACGCGUGUCUGCCCGUCAUGAGCGCAUUCGGGUUCCCGUGGCCGGAGAUGUUCAACUGCAGUCGGUUUCCGGAUGGACCGGAGCUCUGCGUUCCCGGAGAACGAGACGCGAACCGGGAGGAAACAACCGACGCGCAUAAAGGUUCUAUGGUCUGUGAGGUUUGCAGUCCAGACUCAGAAGGAGAGCGAGAGAUCCAGCAGAACUUCUGCCAGAGUCCGUUCGCGUUCCGGCUGCGGAUCGGCUCCUGGUCUCGGGACGGGGCAGAUGUGCGUGUGGUUCCUCAGGGUCGCAGUCGUGUCCUGCGCUGGCAGGAUCAUCAGGUGGUGGCAGGGGACCAGAGCGCCCUCUGGCUGCCGGGGGGUCGCGACUGCUCCUGUCCCGCGCUGGAUGGGCCGCUCGCCGGCUCAUACAUCGCCCUGGCCCACAUGACCAGCGGACGCAUGCUCCUCACACGACUCCUCAAAUGGUCCCGUGAAGAGAAAGAGCUGAAGAAGUUCACCCGGAUGAUGCUGAGACGAGCCUGCUGAGGUCACGACCCCUGGACAGACAUUAAUAAGCGGAUAAAACAGAGUUCUGGAGUGAUGAACGGCAUGAAACUACAUUUUCAAAAGGAGCGGCUUUUAUAAGGGGAAAUGUACAUCAUUGUAAAUUCAAUUGAUAAUUUUGACUUGUUUUUAUAUUUUUUUACUAUAUUUCUUUUUAUUCGUGCUGUCAAAUCGAUUAAUCGCAUAUGUGUAUGUAUAUUUACAGUUGUCAAAAUUUUAAGUGGAAAAUUUCAAAAAGUAAAAAUAAUAAGCAAAUAAUGACAACAUAACAAAUACAAUCAAUAAAAUUGUAUAAAUAAUA